AUAUAAGCCGAGUAAUCACCCAAUUAGGGUUUUAGCUAUCUUUCUCGCACGCAGCUCCUCAGUUGUAGCCACUUUCAGGAAGAUAGAGCUUGGCCUCCAUAUUCGAAAAUGGUGAAGGGACGCCAAGGAGAGCGAGUCAGACUCUACGUCAGAGGGACCGUCCUUGGAUACAAGAGGUCCAAGUCAAACCAGUACCCAAAUACAUCAUUAAUCCAGAUUGAGGGAGUGAACACCAAGGAGGAGGUUGCCUGGUAUGCUGGUAAGCGCAUGGCUUAUAUCUACAAGGCCAAGGUAAAGAAGAAUGGAUCACACUAUCGCUGCAUUUGGGGAAAGGUCACUAGGCCUCAUGGUAACAGUGGUGUUGUACGAGCUAAGUUCAAGUCCAAUCUGCCUCCGAAAUCAAUGGGUGCAAGGGUUAGAGUCUUCAUGUACCCUAGCAACAUAUAAGUAUCACAAGACCGGUAGAUAGCAGAUUGGGCUUAUUGAUAGCUUGGAGGAUCUGCUUUUUAGUUGUUCUAUAUAAGCUAAGUUUAAAUGUGUUGAAUGCUUUCGAGUUUUGAGGAGUUACUAUUGUUUUUUAGAAUUGUGGAUGAACAAUAUUUUGUUACCUUAUUUAAUCUCAAUCGGGAUUCUUUUUGUCCAUUUGACAACUAAA